UCCACCGUUAAAGAAUAUGUUGUUUCUCUCUAAACAAUUUAAUCUCAAUAACAACAAUUCAGAAUUCUACAUUUAGAUUUUAGUUUAGUAAAGUCCAGCGGAGUGGAAGUGUAAUAAUUAUAAAAUAAAUUUACACAUUUGCACAUUGCACUGUUAAAAACAAGGAUUGUUUGAUUAAAAGUAGGUACUUUAAUUUAUUAUACCAUAAUUAUCAUUAAAUUAGUGUAGUGUUUGUUGCCGAUCAAAUUCAAUUAAAAAGGCUAGAUAGUGAAGGUGUGAAGAUGGGACUUCCACACAUCACAUCAUUCUGUUGGUGCCUUGGACUCGAGUCCGGCACGAAGGUGAUCGGCUACAUACACUUGAUCGCGUCGUUCUCUCUAAUGGUCCUCUGCUCGUUGUACGCGGAGAGCCUGCGAAGUCUCAUCGGUACGAUCGAUGACGCCGGUGACCACAUCUACACCAUAUGGUACAGGAUAUCCGUGGGGGUGGCGGUGUUUACCGUCGUCCAUGUGCUGCUCGCGGCCACCCUGCUGUUUGCUGUUUUUACGAGGAACACAGCCGCCCUGCGGGGAUGGGUGUGGGUAAUGGUGGCGCUGUACCUCUUCUCCCUAAUCUACGUCAUCGUUUCCAUGACCUUCGGGUUUUCAGCCAGCGGCUCUCACAUAUUCCUAUCUUUCCUCGAAGGAGUCGUUUUCUUUGGUAUCCUAGCCUACUGCAUCCUCUGCGUGAACAGCUACUACCUGAUGCUGAAGAGCGCCGAGGAUAUGGAAGGUCCACAAAAAACGGAGUCCUACCAUAAUCGCGAUUAAUCGGACUAAACGAUCGUAUUGCCAGAUUAUAAAAUAGUCGUCCGACAAGUUAAACAUUCGCCGGAGUAUAAACAGGUCACGUGCCCGUCAAGCAAAUCUGCUUACUUAAGGUUACAACUUAAUUACUCCGAUAAGAAUCAUAUAAACUGAAAUCUUCGUGAGGUAUUGUAUAAAAAUAUUAUUUUAUAACCUUAAGAGUAAAUAGUAAUACAAGUAGAACUGUCAGUCUGGUCGGACGCGUUACAUUUGGGUCGUAUUGCGGCGAAUAUUUAUCAACGUGACGAUAAAGUUUUUUGAUUUGAUAUUGAAUUCGUUGCUUUAUAAUGACAUUACGUACAAAUAUUCCGAUGAGUCCAGUACUUAAACAAAUAGGCAGGUCCGGUGUCCGUAGCGCGUGAGGGGUGGUAGAUGCCCUGGUCGAACGGACGGACUGCGGACACGCACGAAGGAAAAUAUAUUUUACGAAUAUUAUUAAUUAUAUUUACACACCUACCCAUGAUUGGUGUUCGCCAUAUAAUAUUAUGACCGGUGGCAGGUCUCCUUGUUACAAUAUGCCAUUUUAAUUACUAAUAGUACAUAAGCCGCUACUUGUAUUGAUAAGGAUUAUAUAUUUAAUUAUUAAUAUAUUAUCGCCUCCUACUUAUUAUAGUAUACGAUUGAAUUUAAGUACAUCUGUUAUAUAUAACAAUAUGAUAAACCACCGCGAACGCGAACUGCUCUAUUAUUGUUGGAAAAUAUUUUUUUAAUAAAUAACAUUUAUUCUGUAUAACCUUACCAGGUAAGGAAGGUCUUUGCCCAGCCGUGGGAAACUUGUGUUAUGUACUGUACGCAGCGGCUAGGCUUUGUGGUCUCUCAAUGAAAUUAAUCAAUAUUAUAAUAUUUAAAUUGCCGUUAUGUAUAAUAAUUGUUGUUACGGCCGGUUAAUUCUAUCAAAAGCUGGUGAUACAUAAUUUAAUCAGCAGAGCUAUUCAUUUCGAACUCACUUCGUAACUCACUCGUGAGCUGCGUGAAAAUAUUCUGCGGUGAGUUUUGAGUAUAACAACAAACCGCAGUAAUUCCUCACAAUCUCAUAACACUUUCCUGAUUAUACACUCAAGAAAUAUUUUAUUUUCAUUUUUUUUUAAUAUAAUUCAAAUCUUAUUUAAUAAUUCUACUUAAGUUAAAUAAAAAAUGUAAUCGAUAAAAAUAAUGUAAUAAAUCUAUGAGAAAGUAUUAAAAUAUAAGAACGGGUUGCAGUCGAUUGAAGGAGGGAGGGACUUAUGUAUUCAAUAUAUUAAACAUGCCUGCUAUCGUGCUUCGCUUGCGGCUUUACAAUUUUAUAAAUGAUAUGAUAGGCUAUGAUAUGGUACCUUAAUUUAUUAUUAUAACGCGCAUCAAUUUAUAUAUUGGGGUAGAUACUAAUCGUCGACUAGAUAUUCCACUGCCAAGAUUGAUGAAGUUAGAUUUUUUACAGUAAAUAACCAAGAAGAUACCAUCGUUGGGGUAAGAAAUUGCCGUUAUAUAAAGGGUUUUAAAUUACCUUGUAUUCUCAAAAAAAUGGUAUCCCUUCCAUUGUCUCACUCUUAACCUGUGUCGCUCUGUGCCAACCCGUCUGUGUGGGCGUCACGUAGUUCUACUGACAAACAUGAAAACUUUUGAAACUCAAGAAUACACACUUUUUCAAUUUGGUGUACAGUCUGCACAAAAAUCUCCCACCGGUGAAGUUUGGUCGAUUGACUUCCUGUUAUAAAUUAAAAAAACCUCAAUAAUGGAACGUUAAUACAGAUUUUGUUUAGUUGUAUCAUUAUAUGUGAACUUUAACACCAAUACGGUGUACCAGUGGCUUUUUUUUAUUUGUUGUAUACAAUGCGCGUUAUACACACAUACAGAUAUUUUUAAGUCAUUUGACUAAAUUAAAAUAAAGCUACCACCGGUUCUGAUGUAGAAUCUACCGUGAAGAGCCGGGAAGGAAAACAGUAGUUGCUCCAUUGCGAAAUUCAAGUAACAUAAAUAAAUAAAAUGGAAUCAACGAAUCAUAAAUCCCCACUCUUUGUUUCAUCCAUGUCGAUGGGUAUAAAAGCUGAUGUACAUGGUGCCAUCCAGUGGCGAGUUAUGAUAAAGUGGAUUGUGUAGGAACCUCCAUGAAAAAAUCGAAUUCGUGCCAACUGGCAUGACUACCGGUCAAACUGUCGAGUUCAAAUAAUAAUCUAUAACCGAUCUACCAACGUACAUUUAUUUACAACGAAAACAGCUUGGAGACGUUUUUGCGUUUCUAGCAGUGUACGGUCAGCAUAUAAAUAAGUAAACUUUUUUUUUAUAUUUGUCAAGAAGGCAAAUGACUCCACUUCACCUCAUGGUAAGUGGUAGUAGAGUCCAAACGUGACGACGGCCAGUACAGUCAGGAAGAAUGAUAUGCACUGGCCGUCCCUGCCUUGCAGGCUCCCAAGAUGCUCUUCACGUCUCGUUUGAAGAAUCCCAAGGGAACACGUGUGCUGGUGAAGUAUUUCGUUUUGGUGCGACAAAGAAAAGAGUUGCCAGAUUUCUUAUAUUCGUUCUGAUAUUGUAUCUGAAGCCUAGUUUCUACCCAUAUAUUUCGUCUCAAUAGCACGUCGACAAAUAUUUCUCCAUUCCUCUACCGUUAUUUUACAUUAAAUUUUACCUCGGCUAAUGUCAGUGUAGCAUUCAUAUUCAUUAUGCCUUUUUUUGCUAUAACAGUUUUCGCUAUAUAAUAUAUUUUUUGAUGAACUAAUUACUAAGAAAAAAAAUUAACAAAAUAGCACGAGACUUCUAACGCUACUUCGAAAUUCCAAGGCGCGUGGUAGCUAGUUCAAACUGGUUUAUUCCGAAUUUAAUCACUAAUGCAAAAACGUCUCGAAACUGAGUUGUAUCGUUAUAUGUACUCGUAUUUAUAAUAAUAAGUAUUAAUGUUGUACGUGUCCAGUCGCUCAGUGUUGUCGUGUGUUCGAUGUUGUAAAGUUAUUUGUGAUAUCUUUAGAUGCUUUUACAAUAGAAUAUAUUUUCAAAUCAGCUUAACUAUGUGACAAUAAUAUACAAUUUAAACUUCCUACGACGUAUAUAUAAUAUUAUUAUUAAUAUAUUGGAAUAGAUUUUUGGCUUAAAGUAUAUAUAAAUGUGCUUUUACAUUAAAUCUUUGACUUUGUGUUUUUACAUUUUAAAAAAAUGCCAAAAAUAUUUUGAUAUAUUUUUAUGAAUUUUAAGGAUUUUUAUGCGCCUGGCAUAUGAUAACAAAUGAUUAUUUUUUCGGAGCUAUACUCAAUUGUAUAUGUCGUAUGCUAUGAUUUAAAAUAUAAUAUACAUUGAGUAACAGUUUUACUAUCAAAAGAAGUAAUGUUUUUAUGAAUAAGUAUGAUAUCGCUCAUUUAAUAAUAAUAAUAAUAAAAAAUAAAAAAUACAAGAUAUUUUUUGCUUAUUUAUUAUAAAGUCUAGGUUAGCUGUUCAUCGCUUUGUGAACUAUAAAAAUGCAAUAUAAAAAAUAUUUUAUUAAAUAAGCGAUACCAGCCUCGUACUAUUAAUUUUAAAAAGUACGAACCGGAUUUAAUGCGUUAUUAAUUGUUGUAACCAGUUUGGUUAUAUAGAUAUAAAGUUAUAGUAAUAUUUACAAAAUAGUGUCUUCUUCCGAAUAUAAAAAAAAGUUUGAAAUAUUUAUUAAUUGUGCCUUUGCCUCGAGAAACAUGAAAAAAUAUGUCAACGUGAAAAUUGAAGGCAAAUAUUGACAUAUAUUUUGGCAAAUAUAAUUAUAAAGUGUCCUAGUUUAGUUUUAAUAAUAUUGCAUGUAUGUGAUCGUAUUUUCGCAAAUGUUUGAGCAGAAAUGUGCUAUAUACAUGUUCUCGUUGA